UAUCCAUCCAUCACUUGACACUUGAAUACCAUGUCGACUCAUCAUCAACGUCAACACCCCAUCAUCCUCAUCACUGGAACUCCGGGCACAGGCAAGACACUCCACUCCCAUCUGUUGGAAGCGGAGACUGCUUCGUCUUCGUCUCCACUGAAACAUCUCAACAUCGGAGACAUUGUCAAACAGCAUGGGUUACAUGAAGGUUGGGAUGACGAAUGGCAGAGCUACACGGUCGAUGAGGACAGAUUACUAGACUACUUGGAAGAAGUGGUAAAUCCAGAAGCUGGUCCGUCGACAACAGGAUUCAUUCUUGAUCAUCAUGAUCCCUCCUUAUUUCCCGAACGUUGGGUAGAUCUCGCUGUCGUCUUGACGUGCGAUAACAGCAUAUUGCACGAACGCCUGACGGCUAGGAAAUAUCCAGAGGCCAAGGUGACAGAGAACAUCACUGCGGAGAUCAUGAUGACCUGUUUGACCGAGACCAAGGAAUCAUACGCGGAGGAGAUUGUCGUCGAGCUGAAGUCAGACGGGAGUGGAGGCGACAAGGAAGUCCAGGAGAACGUCAGUAGGAUAGAAGCAUGGGCAGAACAGUGGAGGGAAGAUAGAUUGAGCGGAAAGCAUGAUGAGUAGAUGGCGUUCAGCUGAAGUCAUCUUGUCAACCCCUGGGCAGCAGGUAAACCUCGACGACUCGAAGCAAACGA